AGAGCGUCUCCAGCCGGCCCUCCAAAUGAGCCCCCAUCUCUUGUUUUAGUCUUCCAGUGGAAAAAAACCAUCUCCAACCGGGCCUCUAAACAAACCCCCAUUUUAGAGAGGCCACCAAAUUUUAAUCCAAAACCCCUACAAUUGGAGGCCCACUAUUUUCACCGGGCCUCUUUUUUCCCCUUUCUCUGGUUCGCUCGCUGCCUCGCUCCAUCCCGAAUCCUCUGUCUGGUCCGCUCACUCCAUCCCGAAUCGCCGCCGCAGCACCCGACUAGCCGCCGCCGCUGCCAUCCCGCUCGCCGUCGCCAGAGAUCCUCGCCCGCCCCCGGUAGAAUCCCCGCCAUGGCCGGAUCCGCCCCUCUGGGGGACGGACUGCCGGCUUGGGGCGGAGACAGCAACGGGCCGAGCCGGACCAGGCCGCCACCGCGCCUGGCCGGGGCGCCGCUGCCUCGCGGCAUCUCCGGCGACGGGCGCCCACCCCGGCCGGCCGCGCCUACCUCGGCAUCGAAGAAACGCCGCUCGACAUUCGUGGCACCCACACGACCGGCGGGUCCUCCUCCCGGCGGCGUCCUACCUCGCCAGAACCUCGACGCCAGGGUUGAUCCCGUCGGCGUCCGGCCACGCCAGGUCCCCGAUGCCGCGCUCGCACCCGGCGCCUUCCUGCCUCGCCAGCUCUUCCAAUCGCUUCCACCCGGCCCCCUCCUGCCUGCUUCCUUGCGCCAUGAAGCACCACAUCGCGGCUCUGUCUUCACCGGCGCCGGCAGGAAGGCCCAAACGCCGAGCUUCUCCGAGCCGGCACAGCUUUCGUCGCACCAAGUCCAGAAGACGUCAAUGGUAGCUGCCACCACCGCCUCGGACACCCGAAGAGCCGCCUCAACGACUGACGACGACGACUACUUCAGCUCCUCGAUGCCAUUGUAUGACUGGAGCCCUACCCUAACUGCCGACAACACCAUGCAGCUACUGUCGACGUUCUGUUUUGGUGUGGGACAUUUGCUUCUUCUGAAUAAAAUUGUUACAAGUUUUGCGAUUCCAUUUUUCUUGGACCCAAUGGACAGUUCUCAGCCAUUGGUAGACAUGCUGACACAAGACUCUGAAGCCGAUCUGGAGGUUCUCACACAAGCACCAAUCCCAGAUAGUGGCAGUAGCAGAGGGCGGGGAGGAAACUACAAUCACAAUGAAGACAUCCAGUUGUGUUGGUCUUGGAUGGCCAUAACAUUUGACCCAAGAAUAGGAAGUGAUCAACCAAAAGGCACAUAUUGGAAUCGGAUAGCACAACACUAUCAUGAGAACAAGACUUUUGUCUCUGAUAGAAAUGCUACCUCCCUUGAAAAAAGGUGGAAUGGCAUCCAAAGGGAAUGCGUUCGGUUUCAAGAAUGCAUCGAGAAGAUAGAACGUCUCCGUCCAAGUGGCGUUCCGAAUACAGAAUAUAUCAAUUUAGCGCAGAAAUCCUAUGAUGCGACCAAAGGUUUUCCUUACAUUCACUGCUGGAUGGAGGUCCGCCAUACCGAGAAGUUUCAAACAGUAUAUGAAGCAAUGAAGCAAGCCCAAGGAAAGAGGCAAAGCAAGUCCACAACCCCAUCGCAAGAAGCACAAGAAGAUGACCGUACACCUUCCAAGCGACCUCCAGGUCGCAAACAAUCAAAACAGAAACAAAAGAAGAAUGAUGGAGAUGAUGAAUAUGCCGUCCAGCUUGCAACCUUUAUACAAAUGAAGACAGAAGAACAUCAGAAACGCGAAGAAAGAUGGAAAGCUGAGAAGGACCUCGAGGAGCGGAAGUUGUUGUGGGAUCAAGAACAAAAGAUCAUGUUCUGCAACACCUCCAACAUGGAUGAAAGCCAAAUAGCAUAUGUCAAGGCAAUGAGGCAACAAAUAGCAACAGCCAAGGAAGCAUUAGUCAAGGCAUCGGGGGGAGGUUCCACAAGUGAGCAGGGUAGCGGAGGAGAUGCUGAUGAAGCCGAGUCUCUCAUGUGAAGACCAUUUUUUUCAGUUACUGUCCAAGCUGCAGUAGGAAAGAAGACUUAGUUGUAUUUCUUAUUUCCUAGAAGACUUGGUUCAGGAUGGUAGUACUGUAUUUUAAGAUUAUAACUAAGCUAGCUGUCUUUCUUUCUGUUUGUUUCUCUGUAUAUUCCGGCACUGGAGCAUGGAUGGUAGUACUGAAGCUCUUGUGAUGGGAUCAACACUGCAGAACAUGAGUUGAUUUCACUGCUUUGUUCAGUUCAUUGUAUCAAGGCUUACAGUACACACAGCUUAGUUUGUUCAGUUCAAUGUUGCUUAGUUUGUUCUGGAGCCAUGUAUCUACAGCUCUCAUGCUGAUGCUAUUACAGUACACACAGAUUUCCUGUAACACAA